AUGCCUCACGUGAGCGUGUAUAGGAUCAGCGAAGAGACCACCACCCCUGAACCCGAAGUGGUACCCGAUGACCGCGACAUGCCCACAGCACUGAAAAUCGCAAGAGACGUGGCUAAAACAGAGCCACUGCUCAAGAUGGCUACAGACAGCAGCUAUCCCCCGCGAGAACGUCGCGGGUAUCUCAUCAGCGCCAAAUGCAUUUACAAACUGGCAUGGCUUUACAUUGGCGACGACACCAAAAGUGCCGAAGAUGAGAAUCCGAACCUGAGGGAUUGGGGUGCAAAGAUUAUUGAUGUCGAGCUACGGGUGGACAGAGAAUGCCCCGAAAGUUGA